UCUGUUCAUUUUGCGGCUAAGUCGCCCCCAAACCAAGCUUCUCUAUCUUUGCAAACCCCCACCGCCCAAAACCCUAGUGCGUCCACCUCCCAAGCCCUAAUCUCCCCCCAACCAAUUCAUCGGAUCCAUGGCGGAGUUUGCCGGCGUCUCCGUCUCCGACAUCUCCGCCUCGGCCUCGGGCCAACAACCUUUUGUUGCUGCUGCUUGCUUCGACCCUGGCCAGUUGCGGCUUCGACUACCGGACUCCGUCGAGAUCCGGUUCGAUCUCAAGACAGCCCAGGUUUUGAGAUUGAGCGCUGUGACGUUGCUCUUUGUCACGGGGGAAUCGAAGAGUGGGAAUGAAGAUAAGAAUUCUUUCUCGAGAGCAUUAAAGUUUGAGUUUGGCACGGAGAAUGAGAGCCGAGAUUUUUGUUCUGCUGUUGAGAAGUGCAGACAUGGUAAGAUCAAUGGCACAUCUGAGGGAUCACUUGAAAAUGGAACAGUAAUUGUUCAUAAAAGCAAAUUUGACGAUAAAAUAGAAUCAACUUCUGCCAAGAUGUAUUUCCAUUACUAUGGCCAGCUAUUACAUCAGCAGAAUAUGUUGCAAGAUUAUGUGAGGACAGGAACUUAUUAUGCUGCAGUGGUUGAAAACCGUAUAGAUUUUCAUGGUCGUGUUGUGGUGGAUGUUGGUGCUGGUAGUGGUAUUCUUUCUUUAUUUGCUGCUCAGGCUGGUGCCAAGCAUGUUUACGCUGUCGAGGCAUCUGAAAUGGCAGAAUAUGCACGCAAACUAAUUGAUGGGAAUCCAUCGUUGAGAGAGCGGAUCACGGUUGUCAAAGGUAAAGUUGAAGAAAUUGACUUACCUGAGAAAGCAGAUAUUCUCAUUUCUGAACCAAUGGGCACAUUGUUGGUCAAUGAAAGGAUGCUUGAGUCAUAUGUGAUUGCAAGAGAUAGGUUUCUUGUUUCAAAUGGGAAAAUGUUUCCUUCGAUUGGGAGGAUACACAUGGCCCCAUUUAGUGAUGAAUAUCUUUAUGUCGAAAUCGCAAAUAAGGCUCUUUUCUGGCAGCAACAGAACUACUAUGGGGUUAAUCUUACAUCAUUAUAUGGAUCUGCUUUUCAGGGAUAUUUUUCUCAGCCUGUGGUUGAUGCUUUUGAUCCAAGGUUACUGGUAUCUCCACCUACUUUCCACACACUGAACUUUACUAACAUGAAGGAAGAAGAACUAUAUGAAAUUGACAUCCCAUUGAAUUAUACAGCCACUGUUGGUACGAGGGUUCAUGGACUAGCUUGCUGGUUUGAUGUCUUGUUUGAUGGGAGUUCUGUCCAAAGAUGGCUUUCUACGGCGCCAGGAUCCCCAACAACUCACUGGUAUCAAUUACGAUGUGUGCUCUCCCAACCUUUAUAUGUUAUGGCUGGGCAGGAAAUUACAGGACGGCUACUCCUGGUAGCUCAUAGUGCUCAGAGCUACACCAUUAACCUGACUUUGUCAGUUAAAAUGUGGGGGCCUGGAGCUGAACAAGGUGGUAUACUACAGACAUCUACUGGCAAACUUGAUCUUAAAGAGCCAUACUACCGAUUGUCCCAACCACAACCGUAUGCCUGGGCGCAAGAUCAACAACAGCCUCAGCAACAGAUUUCAUCUCUGCAGGAUCUCUCUCCUCAAAUUCAGGAUGCUGUAGACCCUGCCUUAAUGCAACAAUCCUCACCAAAUUCGACCGCCUUGUGAAAGCCUUAUAAAACCCUUCAGAGGCAGGUGUAUUAAUCCUCUUGGCUCAAUUAUUUAUCGCAGCUCGUGUUUGUACAAUAGUGCGCUUCAUAAUGCCUUGACAAUGGAUACUCAGUAUUUUGAACCCCCUCCAAAUGUGCAAUUGUGAAAUUUAUUACUCAUCUGGGGGUUCUGAUAGCAGCAACUUAUGUGGUGUGCCUGUAUAAGACAUAAGCUGAGAAUAAUCAUUCACAAGAACAAAAAACUAGUCUGCAUUGACUGAAAAAGUAGUCAGGCAAAAGUUUCUUUUAUUCAUCUCUGCUUAACACUUGCUUGAUAGUCAAUGAAUGUGAGAUUUUGGGGUCUA